CGCCUCCUCGCCGGGCACGCGCAGCUCGAGCCUGCAGAAUUGCGGAUCCGCGUUCUGAGAGGGCUUGGGGCUGUUACCUUUGAAUGACCAGGAAGGUUUUCCUAGCAGGUUGAUUUCGAGUCAACAUGUCUGCUUCAAUGAAAGAAUGUCUUCAACUUCAGCUGCUGGAGAUGGAAAUGCUGUUUUCUAUGUUUCCUAACCAAGGAGAAGUAAAACUUGAAGAUGUGAAUGCUCUGACGAAUAUAAAGAGAUACUUGGAAGGGACCAGGGAGGCGCUGCCACCAAAAAUCGAAUUUGUGAUUACACUCCAGAUCGAGGAGCCCAAGGUGCAAAUUGAUUUGCAAGUAACCAUGCCUCACAGCUACCCCUACGCAGCACUGCAGCUGUUUGGACGAUCAUCUGAACUUGACAGACAACAGCAGCUGCUUCUCAACAAAGGUCUCACUUCUUACCUAGGGACUUUUGAUCCAGGUGAGCUCUGCGUCUGCGCAGCCAUCCAGUGGUUACAGGAUAACAGUGCCUCCUAUUUGAACAGAAAGCUCGUGUACGAACCAUCUACACAAGCCAAGCCAGUCAAGAACACAUUCCUCCGGAUGUGGAUCUACAGUCACCACAUAUACCAGCAGGACCUAAGGAAAAAGAUUCUGGAAGUUGGGAAAAGGUUAGAGGUGACAGGAUUUUGCAUGACAGGAAAGCCUGGCAUCAUCUGUGUGGAGGGCCUCAAAGAACACUGUGAGGAGUUCUGGCACACAAUCAGGUACCCCAACUGGAAACACAUCUCCUGCAAGCAUGCUGAGAGCACGGAAACCGAGGGAAGUGGGGAGGACCUGCGCCUCUUCCAUUCUUUUGAGGAAUUACUCCUGGAGGCCCAUGGUGACUACGGAUUAAGGAAUGACUAUCACAUGAAUCUCGGCCAGUUCUUAGAGUUUCUCAAAAAACACAAAAGUGAGCAUGUUUUCCAGAUAUUAUUUGGUAUUGAAAGCAAAAGUUCUGACUCCUAGGAAGCUGUGAUAAGAGGCCUACGCUUGUCAUUUCGCUAAGUUAGUGCAUCUGUCAAUAAGACCAAAGUAGAAGUACCAGUGGCCAUUUAGCUUCCUCUGUGGGAAACCCAUCUCCAGAAUUUCUCCCUGGUAAUGAAACACCACAGGCCUUUUAACUUUACAACAGUGCAACUGUGACCUUACUGCUAUGUUCUUGUGUUAAUUGAAAACUAUUUAAUUGUAAAAUAAUAAAAGACAGUUUAACCAGUGAAGCCGAUUUGAUUAAAAAGGAGUCCAAAGCCCAGUUUAACAGCAGUGGUCAAAUUGUGGCUCCAAAGUCAUGAGUAAUAUUUCCCCUUUUCACCUUGCUAGCAUGCAGGUGACAAACCACAUUUUCUUCCAUUGAAGAGGAAUUCUAAAUCAAGUUUAAAAUGAGAACGGGGAGAGAGCACAUGUGUACUGCAUUUCUGACUUGAACUUAACACCCCCACCCCCAUUUUGGGUUUUCUCUUUUAGUAAAACCAAAUCCUAACUGUAAUCGUAAAGGAAUGGAGAGUAAUGAAGACUCACCAUGCUAAGUGUUGUCUGCUUACAUCAGUUGAUUAAUGGUAUUAAGGAAAAUGAUACCAGUUUUCUCAGUUCAGUUCUCUCCACAGAACCAGGUAUGGUUUCUGGUCCACGCAGUGUCCCACAGGUGCUGCGCAUGGCAGGCUUCAUCCCUGUGCCUGUAUGCAUUGCUACCUGAGGCAAGAGCGCUGAGAGAGGACCCCUGGGAACAGCUAUGCACUAUCACCUUACUGGGACACCAAAGCCAAGCUCCACACUUUCAUGAUAAGUCACUGCCACCUCUUCUGAAACUGCCAAGCUCCACAGGUGUCACCAACCUUCUUCAAAAGGGGAGUUUAAUUUCAUGAUAAGAGCCCCUAUUUAAGUGGCCCUUGCCAAACCUUUUCAUUACAAAGUAUCUACCGCUCCCCAGGAAUUUCUGGGAGUCUCAACUACCUGUCCUCUCUGAAUCUUUCUUUGGUUUCCCUGUCUGUCCUUAGCUACUCCUGCCCUUUCCCGGGGAGCCUUCAUUUUUCUGCUGGGUCCCAAGCAUCCCACAGAUGUACUGGUCCCCUCAGGACACCAAAGCUGAGUGCCAAGAUUUAGUGACCUGGAGAAGAACGCCUCACUCCCCAUCUCCUGAUGAUGCUGGAUGUCAAAGUUGCUGCAUGGGCUGGCGGAACUUACAGAAUCUUUGAUGAAAGAGUACAUUGUAGUUUCUGGUUUUACUCGGUGUCUAGGAUACAGACUCGUGUCCUUGGGCAGGGCUAGGACAUAAAGAACAGCAGACCUUGCACUAAGCUUGCUCUCCUGACUGAGGCCUGGGAACGGGGUCCACUUGGUCCUGCCUGCGCUCUAAGUGCAGAAUGAAUUUCCUUUCAGGGCACAACUCAGACCCUCAAACCAAGGCUCUUGUCAUGGACCUAUCUUGCCAGAUCACCCAGCUUGCCCAUUCGUGUUUUAAUCCUAGCUUGGCACGUGGCUGGGACUCAAACUGAGGCCUCAAGUUCCCUCUAUACAAAGGAAAGAAACAGGUCUUACGAUGCCCAAGGCUUAUUUCUCAAUCUUUACUAGGACUGAAAACAUAGUAUAGGAGUCAAGUUCCCAUAUAAUCCCAAGACCAUCAAUAAGUAAAUAAGCAUUCCCAAGCUUUUAGGCCCUAAAUAGAUGUAACUUCCGUAACUUCUGUUUUGUUUUGUUUUGGGUGGGUGGGGGGGUAACUAGGUUUAUUUACUUUUUUAUUUUAAUGGAGGUACUGGGGAUUGAACCCAGGACCUCGGGCAUGCUAAGAACACGCUCUACCACUGAGCUAUAUUCUCCCCCACCAACUUUUUUUCCUUUGAAAUGAGACAAUAAUAUAUGCCCCCCACCUAAUAUGUGCCUAAGCCACUCACAGAGUUUUUUCUAUGAUCAAAGUAGCAAUAGAAAGAUAGGUCUAAAGAAUAUGGACAAAAAAGAUUGUUUAUGUAACUCAAAUGAAGGGAAUAAAUUCUAAUUUAUGCAUGAUUUACUGCUUCUGGAGCUGUUUCUGAUGCUAACUUUUCAGAACCUGCUUUUACGUGUUCUUUAGGAGCACACAACAGUACUUUCUUCCUAUCAGAAGUACUAAAGAUAGACAUUAAUAACAGAAGUGUAGGUUUUAUAGAAAACAUACGUAUGUCAUUCUCAUUCAAAGCUCAGCUUUAUGUAUACAGUAGACUGCUGGUGGUGUUUGCCCAACCUGAUGGGAGCAGGAACCUCCUCCCACCCACACAGACACACACUCAACACUUACUUUGGGGAGAUGCCCUUUCUCUGGCUUGGGAGAAGUGACUAGAAUCAAGCUGACCUCUGGUAGCCUCCUGGAGAGAUGGUUUUGGGCUCUUGCUGCUUAAAUCUCUAGUGCCACCCUCAUUUCUGUUCCACAGAAUGCUCAGCUGUCCAGUACUUCCUCUGAGCUCCCUAACAUCUACCCCUUUUUUUCUUGAACAUCAAAAUCAGUCUCUCUUGCUUGUAAUUCAAGAAUCCUAAUACUGUGUUCACUAUAUUUUUAAAUGGUUAUUUGGAAAGAAUGCUCAUUAUAAAUGUCUCUUUUUAAAACUUACUGAAUUAAAUCAAUAUUUCAAAUUAUGUUCUUUGCUCGUCACUCCUUGUUGGUCUGUUACGUUAGACUGAGGGUCAAAGAUACUUGCGUAAUGGAUUGAAGAAAAGGUCAGGUGAGUUGACGCACCAUCACGCAAGGACUUCUAAACAUCCCUAUGUUAAAUCAGGAAUACGUUGCCUGUGAACUUGACUUUGUAUGACUACUUACAUGCCACCCUUCUGAGAAGGCUUUGAGGGAGCCUGCCUGAGGUCUUCACAUUGCACAGGAGGAUUUUCUUUCACUUGCUUUUACCUCAAGUAGCCCAGUAGUCAGUUGAAAGAAUAGGUAUUUUCUGGAGAGGGCACGGUUGUUAAAAAAUCCUGGCUUUAUAUAGAAUCCUGAUUGGCCUCAGAACUCUGAGCACAUUGGAUCUCCCUCCUCAGGUCCACAUGGUAGAACAGCUCUCACAGCAGCCUGGAUCAGUUGGAGAGAACUUCUUUUUUUCCUGAGCCCAGUUAAAUCUAGAAGCAUCUAGAC